AUGGAGGACCUGGAGGGGGUGGGCCCAGCCACACAUGUUACUGCCCCGCCAGAUCUUGACCGCAGCGCCGGGAACAUGCCGACGCAAAAGCAAGCUGUGGUGAAAAGCCAAGACGAAAGAGUGGCAGCGAAUACAUCUGAAAAAAAGUGUCUCUCUGCAUGUUGGAGUAAAUUAGCUGCGAAAUUCGCCCGUGUUGACCGCCGGAUUUGCUACAUGUUCUGUAUGUUCUUAAGCACACUGCAUCCGGUUAUAGCGUUAUAUAUGGUCACUUACAAGGACUGCCCCUUGGAUGACCUUGGCCAACCAAUACCAGACUAUCAGCCUCCUCCCCCUUGUGCGCUUGACGCUAGUGGUGAGAAAGUAGAUCCGAACUGCAUUGACCCACCCCUUGCCUACGCUAGGGUUGAAAACAUAUGCUACAUGUACUUAGUCAAUGAAUUCGCGCUGCAUGUAACUUAUGUGCUAUACGUGAAAGUCUGGACGCUUGGCGGUCGAAAUGUAGGCUUUUGGAGGGAAAUGUCCGGAUACGCCGGUUACUUCGUUAUUGAGUUUCUGUCUAAUGCUGCCGUUUAUCACGUUCAAACCUUUCCAAAAGUCCGCGCACUCUUACCAUUCUUCAACCACUUCACUUGGCCUUUGUACGCUGCCUUCAUCUUCGGCUCGAUACUGCUGAUUCCUCUGGGUCUGUACCUCGCGAAAACGAGGGACCAGUAUAGGCGUGCAUUGAUUUUCCAUCUGCCUGGAAUCGUAUUCUUCGGGGUGGACGUAUUCAACCGAACUGUAUUUCUGCCAUUCUUCGAAACAAUGCAGCAUAAAUUUGCUCAGCUGCAGCUUGCUGCAAUAAUCUCUUUCAUUGGAGAAUUAGCCCUUGCAAAUUUCUACGGUUCCAUCUUCUUGCCCGCAACGCACAAGGCCACGAAUGUCCUGGUAGAAUUUGGCUACAACGUCUCGUACCAAACAGGCCAGGAAUUACCCUCUGGAGAGGAAGAUGAGAGUGAAGAGUUAUUGCAACAAGACAGCGAAGAGGGCGUUCGAGUCCUUCUAGAGCUAGAGGGGCUUUCAAACAGUGACAUUGUAAAGCAGAAUUCAGAAGACCUUGCAGUUGGACUAGGACUCGGGAAGGCUGGAAAUCAAAAACCUCCUAGCAAUGUGCAGCGGCAGUCUGAAAGCCAACGUAAGUGCACGUCUAUGGAGGACAACCUCAGUGGCGGAGGAGAAACGGUUCAGCGCAACCACAAAGAGAGAAACGGAAGUGCAAUCCCGCGACGAGGGGGCCGCACUUUUGAGCAAAGAAGCCGAGGUUCGCGACUAGGAUCAAAAAAUUCGACAUUUAGUACUGCAGCUCGCCAGAGCAGGAUCCUUGCCCCCAUUGUGGCCUCAGUUGACUACAUUCCCCCCAGCCAGCCGCAUGUCCCAAUACGCCCGGAUGGACCUGACCCACUUGAGUUCGACAAAAUUCUUUGCUGCUUCGCAAUUGUCUGGGACGCGUGGAGAUACUUGCUUAUCCGGACGGUCCUGAUGAAGGCAUCUAGUAUAUAUCUUUAUCUGCUGAUGGUUUUUAAGGAUUUUGCGUUCUCGUACUUUCACUUUGGAUACGCUUAUACGGAGAGAAGAGUGUUAUUGGUCAUUGAAGGCGCUACCACUGAAGAGCCCACUGCCUGGAACCGAACAAAACAUUUCCUUUUCAAGUUUUUCGAGCUCUUUAUUGUCAGACCUUUCUUCAUGACUACAUUUUUGGCAACAACUGUCUGGCGGACAGAGAUAAUGUUUGGAAUGAACGAGAGGAGACAAAACUACAGCCACUCUGUUUAUGAGGAACCUUCUUCGGUGUCUCGUGAAGAGAACGUAUCGCUUCGUAAGACAAUCAGACUAGUUAACGCACGUAAACCCACAGCUUCCGAUUGGGCGAGUGCAAUUUCGACAGUCGCUGUACAAAAGGGAAAAAAUACAAAGGGCUUUGUGGGGAGUCUCUUUAGCGACAUGUGGACCCAUUUGGUUCUAAAUUUGCGUCGUGACUGGCGACACUGGAAAGCAAAGGACUUUAGCCGGUAUACGCACCCAGUGGAGCACUGGAAGAAGAAAAUGACUGUUUCAAAGAACGAGGAACAGAACAGGCAGAAAGAAAACGCAAAAUUUGAUGGGCUUGAGGUACGGUAUCGCUUCGCGAACGAGUGUUGUAUAAUUCGCCAUGUGCCACCGAAACCAAAGACCCCCAGAAUUCGAAGCGGUUCCCAGAUGAUGACAGGGGCUGAAGAACCUCACCGGCCUUCAGGCGAGUCGGUGUUUCGCCGCAUCAAUGCAGUGUGGCUUUCAAAAGUCGUCCGGGAAAUCCAGUCCCUCGUCUUCAACCGCUGUUGGCCAAGAAUCCUUCAAAAACUCGUGUCUUCAACAGUCUUCGUUAUAACUGAACUCUUUACUGAAAACUCGACUGUUGGUCUCCUACCCUCGUACCAAGAGCACGGCCUCUUCCGGGACACCAUGGGCCGCUUCAGGGUGUUGUUCAUGUUCUCAAUGGACAUUGUUGAGGUAACGUCAAUUUGGAUUACGCAAGCUCAGUCGCGCUUCUACGGCAGCAUAAAAAAGGGCUACAACCUCUUUCAUGACUUGGCGAUGGUUUUCCUCUGCACGUUCAACUGUGCUGCUCAAAUGAUGAACUUCGCCAUGCUACGCUAUAUCCGGUUCGCCCCCAUCUGCGGAGACAAACGCGUCCUCCCCGAUAACGUGCAGCAGGAUAUGUUAAAGCACCUGAAUCUUGUUAAAUACUGGGACCAACCAGACUUGUGA